AAAAGAUAUUUGAUGCAUACGAUAGCGAACAAUUUCAUAGUAAACGUUUGCCCAGCGUUAUUCAAGUGAGAAUAGCAGGAAUGAAGGGUAUAUUUGUUCAUGAUCCCAAUUUAGAAGAGGAUAUUUUACAAUAUCGUAAAAGUCAAUUCAAAUUUAAAUCUACUCAUUUAUACUUAGAAUUAAUUAAUUAUUCAAAACAAAAUCCAUUGUUUUGGAAUCGACAAGUUAUUAAUCUAUUAAACCAUAUGGGUGUAAGUACACAGACAUUCUUACAAUUACAAAAUGAAUGUCGUAAACGUGUAUCGAUGUCACUGUUAUCAAAAAAAGCAGCUACAUCUAUGUUAAAUCAUAUUCACUAUUAUAAUUGGGAUCUGAUCAAAACAUCUUUUUAUAUGACUGAAGAACCAUUUAUUAGAUCGCUGUUAUUGAUUUUAUCUGGUGAUAGAUUACGUCGAUUGAAAGAUAAGACUCAUGUACCAAUAGCAUUUGGAGACGGACGGUCGCUCUACGGUGUAGUGGAUGAAACAAAUUCAUUAAAGUAUGGCGAAAUAUUUAUUCAAAUAUCGGAUAAAGAUGAGAAUGAUAAAGAGAUAUUCCGAAUUAUUUGUGGUCACGUUGCUGUUACCAAGAAUCCGUGCCACAAUCCAGGUGAUAUAAGAAUACUUAAAGCUGUUGAUAAACCACGGUUACAUCAUUUAUUCAAUUGCAUUGUAUACCCAUGCAAAGGACCGCGACCACAUUCUAAUGAAAUGAGCGGUAGUGAUUUAGACGGGGAUGAAUUUUGGGCAUGUUGGAAUGAGAUGAUUGUUAACGAAGUUCAACAAAUCUUUAAACCAGCAUUGUAUCCAAAGGCCAUCAAACAAGAAACAAAUAACAUUACUCAAAAUGAAAUUGUUGAAUUUUUGCUAGAUUUUAUUUCUUGUGAUUCUGUUGGAAUACUCUCGAACCGUCAUUUGGCAUGUUGUGCAUUAUACAAUCCUCAACAUAAAAAAGCACUUAAGUUAGCAAAAAUUAUAUCUGAUUCAUUAGAUUAUCCUAAAACGGGUAUAAAUCCUGUAACAACAAAAGUAUUAAAAGAUUUACAGUUUAAAGCAUAUCCAGAUUAUAUGCAAAAUCAACAUAAACAAGUAUUUCAAUGUCAAAAAGCUUUAGGAUGGAUGUUUCGGAAUAUUAAAGAGGUUCAUAACUGCCAUAUGCAGAUACAAGAUGAUAGUUCAUUUAAAAUUCAAUUAGAUCAAGACUUAUUCAUUGAAGGUUUUGAUAAAUAUCUUGAACAAGCCAAACAAACGUAUCGCGAAUAUUGUGAUAAAUUGAAUAUAAUAUUACUAAUGUAUGAUUUAUCCAACGAAUAUGAACUAAUAACCGGUUAUCAUUCAUGUACGAUCGAAGAACAACACAAUAAUGACAAUAUUGAAACAGCAAAUCAAGAAUUUCGAUCGUUAAGAAAUGAAAUAAAACAUAAAUUCAAUGAAGAAUUUUUAGAUUCAAAUGUAGAACAAUCUAAUUUGGAACGAAUGAGAAAAGUGUCUGCCUGGUAUUACGUUGCUUAUACGGAUUACGAUAAAGAAAAUCCAAUAUUAAGUUUUCCGUGGGUAUUUAGUGAAUAUCUUUGCAAAAUAAAACAGCUCAAUGUUAAUAAAAAAGCAACAACAACAACAGCAGCAGCAGCAAAUCAUCGAUCAUUAGAAAAAAUUGGUUUGGCUUUAAGCAACAGAUACAGACAUCUUUCUUCCGUUUCAUCCUCUAUCCCAAAUUUUCUAUUCUCAAUUGUGGUUUCAUGUGCUGCGAGUUUAGAAUUGUUGUCAAGAUGGAAUUCAGACGAAUUAGUCGCAUUAUUUGGAAAUAAUGAAGUCUUGUCGAAAAUUGCGGAGAAUCCACAAACAACAAAUGCAAAUCGGCUAGGCGAAGCAUUUUUAAUUGUCAUCGAAUUAUUAUCUAAGUCAAAAUCUGUCGACAUGAUUCAAUUGACACAUCAUCUGCUUCUUAUAUUACAUCAAAUUGCAAUUACUGGUCGAUAG